AUGCGACCGCUACUGGGCGGCGACGCCGCCACUCCUGCUGUUAAGCCGCCGCGCUCUCGCAAGCCGAGCGUCGACCAUGUCGCCCCCGUAUCCAACGUACCCACUUCGUUCGUCUUCAAGCGCCUCGAGGACCUGGAGCAGCCCGCAGCUCCGCUUCACGCCGCAAGCCCCGUGGCCAGGCAGGACCAUGGCACCUUUGGAGUGCAGAGCCUCGCAGAUACCCUGGAAGCUGCCUUUGGCCCCGACGAUGCGCCCAGGGGCACCGAGUCGCACAAGACCACCAAGACCAAGGCGCAUAGGCCAAAGAGCUCGAGAUCCGUGUCGCAUGGCUCCUCGACUGAUUCUCCCGCGCUGCCAGAGGCUACCAAAGCCGCAACGUCCCACAAAUUGAAGAGGGACCUCUCCAACCACGGUUCUCUACCCUUGAAGCUGCCUGGCGCCGAUGUACCCUCGCCAUACCCUGCAUCUGCCAUGCCUAGCACACCGACUUCGGCUUCCAUCACUUCGCUGAAACUGUCCGACGAGGAGUUUGCCAUGGAGGAAUUUACCAGCCAAGCUGCCAUGUCGAGCGGAGAGGAGGAAGAGCAAGUCGAAGUACAGCAAGACGUCAUGAGCUUUCCACAGCUAGUUAUGCCUGUCAUGCAGAUGCCCAAGAGAAGGCCAUUUACAACCAAAGGCAAAGCCAUGAGCAAGCUGAAGAUUAUGAUCGCGGGCGAAAAAGGCGUCGGCAAAUCUUCUCUUGUUCGCUCCAUCGUCCAGGCAUGCGAGGAUAUUGUUCACGUAGACCCUCUGUCGUCAAACUCACCGCCACGGACGCCCAAGCACGGGUCUCGCGCAAAGAAACGAGGGCAUGCGGGUACAACACGAGUCGCCGAGAUCCAUGCAAGCACGAAGCCGUACCCACACUGGUGGACUGACUUGGACGAAACUCGUGGGCUGCGAAGGAGGAAGAGCAUAACCGACAGCGUCUUGGAGAGAAACAUUUGUUUUGUUGAUACCCCCGGAUACUCACCAGGACCGACAGAUGGAGAGUACAUGGGUACCGUCAUAAACUACGUGGAAUCUCUCUUGUACCAGAUCUCAUCAGUCGUGUCGCUACAGGACAACGAUGCACUUGGACUUGUCAGCGGUAGUGGUGGCGUCUUGGUUGACGUUGUAAUCUACCUGUUGUCGCCAGGUAAAGACAUCACCAAGGACAUUGAGUGCAUGCAGCGUUUGUCACACCUCACCAACGUCAUUCCCAUCAUAGCGAAGUCCGACACGCUUCCCGCGCACGAAGUUGUAGCACUGAAGACUUCGAUUCUCGCUCAGCUACAGACAACUGCCUUCAAGCCCUUCUUCUUUGGAGAGACGAUAGACGACGCAUUACUCAAAGUACAGGCCCUCCCCUUGGCAAAGACUGCUGUCUCUGGCGUGUCAAGUGAAGCAGCUCAAUACCCCUUCACAACGCCUACCUACCCGUAUGCGGUCUCGUCUACUCUUGGUCCAGACCACGAGACUAUGGAUGCGUCGCUGCUCAUGUCACCAGACUAUGUGCAGCCCCUUUUACCCUCUGAAUUGACGACGCUGGUAAAACAAAUAUUUGACCCCGAAUCUAUUACUUGGCUUCGACAUGCAGCAGCGAAGAAGUUUGUGACAUGGCGCCGUAGGAUGAAGCUUCCUGGUGACUCGACCAUGCUACAAGGCAUGAUUCAGCCACGCAGUCCAACAGCGGCUUCAGUGGGCCUCAACGGGGCUGUGGCCAAUUCAUCUUCUGUUUUCUCGGCCAUGUCGCCAUCGGGUGUGCUGGUACCAGGCUCAGGGUCGCCAUUCUACCCGUCGAACCUACAGUCUCCAAUGUUUGCGUCUUCUACAUCCCUAGCAAACUCGGAGGCGCUCGAACCCCCAGGAAACUUUUCUCUGGCGAGAUAUGGCAACUCUCUGCAAAACGAACAACCCUUCAGUGAAAUCCGGAUUGCGCGAUGGGCUACAGAUCUGCAGCGGAGCCGUCGCAACGAGCGAGACCGAUUCGAAGAGCUUCAGAGCAACGAGAGAGCAAAGUGGCUGCUUGAACGCGUUAGCGAAGAAGUUUCCAAAGGCACGAUCGUGGCAUCUCCUGAUGGUGCUCCGAGAGCCGAAUGGGCAAUGGUCAGACACUGUGAUGAGAAGAAGGUUCGCAGUGCUAGCCAGCGAUAUGCCAAAGCCGUCGGACUCGACUCGCGCGAUCCCCUCGGUCUCUGCAACCUUAGCGAUGAGCUCAAGAGACAGAGCUAUGUCCUCGUCAAGGUCCUCGGUGGCGUUAGUGUUCUGGGUGCCGUCACUAUAGCCGUCAUGAGAGCCUGUGGCGUCGAGACUACGCUCUCGCCGAGUUCGUGGUGGCAUUGGGUCACGGCCACAAACUAG